CUCAACGUCUCUGAACUUCUGUUUGUUGUACAGAAGAAGCUGGCAGCAGAACCGGACUACACAGAUGUGACGCUGACGGCGGCGGAGCGUGUUCGGGCUCUGGGCAAGAUGGGAUGCAGCGUGGAGAUUAAUGAGGACGUGGCGCCCAGAAGAUACUUUCGGUCUGGAGUGGAGAUGGAGCGCAUGGCAGCAGUUUACCUGGAGGAGGGCAGUCUGGAGAACGCCUACGUCCUCUACACCAAGUUCAUCAUUCUGUUUGUAGAGAAGCUACCUGGCCACAGAGACUACCAGCAGAGUUCUUCAGUCCCAGAGAAGCAACUCAUCAUGAAGAAGCUUCAGGAAGUUGCAUUUCCUCGGAGAGACGAACUGAAGAAGCGUCUGGAGGAGAAAUACAGCAGAGAGCACAGCGAGUACCUGAGAGCACAGAGCCAGGCCGUGGUGGUGGGCGGGUGUGGCCAGCAGCUGCAGCGGCUCUCCCUAUUGGAUGAGGACAGGAGGCGGGUCUUAGAGGAGGAGCGUCAGCGAGUGGCGGCACUGCGACGGAUGCAGAUUGAAUCAGAACAGUUCCGCUACUUCGAGGACCAGCUGAGGCGGCAGGAGCUGGCCAAUCAGAGAACAGAGGAGGCGGAGCAAAAGGUGGAGACCAAAGUGCCUGAAGUGACUGACGGCUCCUGUCUGUCUCAGCAGCCAAUUAGAGACGGCGUACGAUCGCAGGGGGCAGAUCCUAACAGAAACAGGCCACCUGCUCCUGUCAGCCAACCAGCUGCUACGCUGGCAGGAGUACACAGUCAGAGGGUGGAGGGUCUGAGGCGGGUGGUGAUUCCCAGAGAUCUGACGUAUCGCUUCCUCCUGCUGGCCGAAUCCAACACAGCGAGAGGCAUCGAAACCUGUGGAGUCCUCUGUGGACGCCUGACACACAAUGAGUUCGUGUUGACUCACAUCGUGAUCCCCAAACAGUCGGCUGGUCCGGAUUUCUGCGACAUGGAGAACGUGGAGGACCUGUUCAGUUUCCAGGACCAGCAGAACCUGCUGACGCUGGGCUGGAUCCAUACUCAUCCCACUCAGACGGCCUUCCUCUCCAGCGUCGACCUCCACACUCACUGUUCCUACCAGCUGAUGCUGCCCGAGGCUGUCGCCAUCGUCUGCGCUCCCAAACACAACGAUACCGGUGUGUUCAGGCUGACCAGUCCGGGGAUAUCCGAGGUUUCUGGAUGCAGACUCAAAGGUUUCCAUCCUCACUCCAAGGAACCUCCUCUGUUCACUGUGUGUAAACAUGUGGUGGUUCGGGACUCCAAGCUCGGCCUGCUGGACCUCAGGUGACGGACAGGAGGCGCCGUCCGUCUGUUUACUGCCAGGCUUUUAUUCUGAAGGGGAAACUGUGAACCUGCUCUGUGUGUGUGUGUGUGUGUGUGUGUGUGUGUGUGUGUGUGUGUGUGUGUGUGUGUGUGUGUGUGUGUGGACGCCCGCGCUGCUGUUAGGUGUGUUGUGUUUACAGGAAGUUUCAUCAUCGUGCCUUCUAACAGUGAAUGUCUCUUUGGGUGAACUUGAAUCUGCUUUUAAGGAAACUUGAACUUUAUUUAUCAGAAUCUCUCUGAGCUGCUUCAUGUCCGGUAGACGUCUGAAAGUCCUCGUCCAGCUCAGAGACAGGUACAGAUUCACUGAAGAGCAAUAUGAGACCACAUGGAGGUCUGUGAUGAAAUAAAACAUCAUCUGAUGCUCAUAAAUGUCACAUUCUGCAGUUUAGUGUUUGAUUUUCCUGCAGUCUCUCAGCGCUGCCUAUCUACAGCUUUCUGUGCCCCAGGUUUUGCCUCUCAGGUGACAAUAGUGGAAGGUAAACCUGCAGACAAACCUCAGGGCAAAAACACCCAAAUCUGCAUGUUUCUGUGGAUGUACUUUGAUAUUUUCUUUGUUCAGACUAAAUACAGGAUUUACUGUCACAGCCUCUGGUUUCAUAUAUUUCUACUCCAAUCGUUGUCAAACCCGCCCCUUUCUCUACGGAGAGCUUUGAUUGGCUGAAAUCUGCCUUCACAGGUGUCUAGAACUUGAAAAGUGAGCCACCAGGUGCAGAGUUUCCUGGAGUUUCAGCCCAAUGACGCCAAAAAAAGAGCUGAGUUUGGUGAGAUCGGAUCGGAUGGAGGGAUGCUGCUCUGUGAUUGGUUGUAAGACACCACAUGUUUACUGCGUUAGUCCAAUCAGACGCCUCUGUUUUAUUCAUGACUUCAUAAGUGACAUUUAAUCAUGUUUAAUGAGCCAAAGUUGUGGGUAAAUAGUUUGAAUAGACAGACUGAUGGUUAACCAACUAAAGUAGUUAGCUAAAUGGUUAGCUGACACGCUAAGAGCAUUACCAAUCCAUAGGAAAUAGCUAAUAUGUAACUAGGUAGUUAGCUAGCUAACAGUUAUUCAUCAUGGUCAUUGUAAAGACUAAUUAAUAAGUUACUAGCUAGCUGCUGCCUUCCAAUGGCGUCGUGUUGACUGUGAGAAGAGUCCAUGUGAAUGUUGUUGUAUUCACAUUAUGUUUAUCUAGGUGUAGUAAUGUAUAAAUUGUUAUAAAAUAGACAGAGGAAAGUCAUGGAUACCCAGAGGAGUAGCCAAAAAUGAUAUUUAGCAAAAAGAAAGGCUAACUAGCAUGCUAAGAGCACAACCAGUUCAUAGGGAAAUAGUAGUGAAUGUGUAGCUAGGUAGCAAGACAGCUAGCGGUUAUUCAGCAUGAUGUUUGAAAAGGCUAAUUUAAUUUUUAAGUUAAUGCUAAUGAAACUGUUAGCAAGCUACAAUUGUAACUAAUCUGCGGGGGAACGUAACUGAUGUGUAGCGAGCUAGCUAGCUGCUGCCUUCCAAGUGAGAAAAGCCACUUCUGGUUUCAUUUACAACUUUGUGAGUGGAAAUUUAAUCAGCUUUUAUUGAGAUAAAGUAAUAGAUGUAUAUUUAAAAUGGAUGAAAAUCCAGGAUACCCAGUUCAAUAGCCAAAAGUAAUAGCAAAAAAAUGUUUAAAUGUAAGCAAGCAAGCUAAGAGCACAACCACUUCAUAGAGAAAUGGUUGCUAAACAGUAGCUCGGUAGUUAGCUAGCUAGCAGGUAUUCAACAUGGUGUUUGUAAGAGCUAACUUAAUUAUUAAGUUAAUAAAAAUGAAACUGUUAGCAAGCUAAGAGUGUAAACGCAGCUGAUGUGUAGCUAGCUGCUGCCUUCCAAGUGAGAAAAGUCACUUUUGGUUUCAUUUGCAACUUUGUAAGUGUAAAUUUAAUCAACUUUUAUUGAGGUAAAGUAAUGGAUGAAUAUUUAAAAUAGAUUAAAAUCAAGGAUACCAGUUAAAUAUCCAGAAGUAAUAGUUAGCAAAAAAAGUUAGCAAGCUAAGAGCACAACCACUUCAUAGGGAAUAGUAGCUGUAAUGUAGCAAGGCAAUUAUUUAUCAUUGUAAGUAAGCUAAAGCUCAUGAGUUGUGUCAUGUUUGGUGAAGUUUUCAGAAAAGUUGAAGAAAAAAUCUGAAAUCAGCGCUGGUUUAACACUUUUAUUCUGUGGUUCAUUAUAUCUGAUGGAGAUGUUUCAUCAUUUCUUUCUGUCCUUGCAGGUAGUUUCCAAUGUUACGCUGCUGGUUGUUAGUGUGCUAAAGGGUUAGCUUCGGUGGCUAAUAGACACUGACAGUAGCAUCCAUGUUUAUGUUGCCUAGCAACAGGUUGUAGGCCUGAUGUUAGAACCUCAAUGUUGGAAUCAUGAGUUCCACUGGAGGCUGAACAGGUGAGGUUAGUUUACCUGAACUAAAGGUCCUUCAUCAGCAGUAAAACUCUGAUCUCUACUUUGUGUUGAUCAGGUGAGACUGGAAUCACCUGACAACCAAUCACAGCAGAGCGUCCCUCCGGCCGAUCCACUCUGGCAUCCAGCAGCAGGUUUACCUGAGUCCAGUAUUUUUCUGUUCUGGUUCUGGUCUGAGCUGCAGGUCCAGAUGUUCAACCAGAACUCAGAACUGUGCAGCUGGAGGUUGAAGUACAGCAGCUAUUAGGUGAAGUACCUGAGAUGUUCUUCAGGUAUUCUUCAGGUGUUUGCCAUCAGUAACUUUAAUAUUGUGUUUCAGUGAAGUUAGAACUCUUCAGCUGUUCUCUGAUGUCAGUUUUCUCAGACUCUUGCUGCUUUCUACGUUUCUACGGACCUUCUGAAGAUGUUUGUGCACCAGCAGAUGUUCUCCUGUCAGCUGUUCUGCUGUUGAUGAAGCUCUCUGCCAUCUUUUGGUAAUAAAACACCAGCUGCUGCUCA